CUGUAAUCUUGUUAAUAUAAGUGGUCGGUUCCUCCUUCGCUUACCGGAAUCUACCUACGUUCCCAGUAGUCACUCAAUAAUUUCAAAGAGUCAUUAUCAGCUUCAAAAGGCGAAAAUAGAUUUUAUAGUACGUGCCCCAAAAUAUGGGUUCUUUGUCUACAACCAAGCUCAAACGAGAGCCGUUGAAAAAGGGGUCGUCUAUUGAUUAUCUCGAAUAUGUUGACACCACCCCUAUCAUCGGUCGGGAAUACCCUACCGCAAAACUUAAAGAUAUACUUAGAGCUCCCAAUGCUGAAGAGCAGUUGCGCGACCUUGCAAUCACCAUCUGCCAGCGCGGAGUUGUCUUCUUCAGGGCCCCUCAGGAUGAUCUUUCCGUCGAGGAACAAAAACACAUCACGGAUAUGCUUGGUAAGCUGACGGGACGACCUCCUGCGAAUGGGUUGCAUGUGCACCCCCUAAAUAACGACCCCAACAAUCUCCCCAUGGCGGACGGAACCACCGAUAAGCACAUUUAUGUCAUCAACUCCGAGGCAGCCAAGAAGUUAUAUGCCACAAUGAAGAACCAGCCCGGCUCAGGCAACGAGCCCCGAGAUCUAGGUCGGGAAUGGCACAGCGAUAGUCUCUUCGAAAACUGUCCAUCGGACUUCUCCUUCCUCCGUAUGCAAGACACCCCUCCCUCCGGCGGCGACACCCUCUGGGUAUCCGGCUACGAGCUCUACGACCGGCUCUCGCCGCCGUUCCAGAAGCUCCUCGAGACGCUGACGGCGACGUGCGCGCAGCCGGUGUUCGAGUCGGCGUGCCGGGCGGGCGGGUACGACGUGACGUCGCCCCGCGGGUCGCCCCUGAACCAAGGGUUCGAGUUCUCGCCCUCGCACCCCGUGGUCCGGACGCAUCCGGUGACGGGGUGGAAGUCGCUGUUCGCGGGCGUGGGCCUGCACGUCAGCCGCAUCGACGGGGUGCACGCGUACGAGGACCAGAUCAUUCGCGACUACGUGCUGAGGCUCGUCACGCGCAACCACGACUGCGUCGCGAGGAUGCACUGGACGAGGGGGGCUUGCGCGAUCUGGAGCAAUGCGUGCACUUUGCAUGCUGCUACUCCCGAUACCCACCUUGUAGAAGGUGUGAGAAUAGGAAUCAGAGCUUCGGGGACGGGUGAAGUGCCGUACCUCGAUUCGGCGAGUACGGGACGGAGAGAGGCGCUGGGAUUGCCACGGUUUUGAGUAUCUUAUAAACGGAGAAGGGAGAGAUUAUAUCAGGUGUUCUCGAAUACUGUAGAAUUUUCCUAAGAGAGCAUCAAUACUUCUUUGGAAUUAACUCGGGUAUCUGAUGGUUUUUUUACUUGGUCAAGUUCUUGUACCAAAUUUGACUUGUAAAGAAAAAAAAACCCAAACCAGGAUUCGCAAGAAGUGGCCAAUCAGACUUCGAUUAGGACCUUACGCAUACCCUUUGCGGAACCAUGCCAGUUGUUUCGACCAAUUGGAUUUAAAAGCCCCUUUUUAUGAAGUCUUAACUAACCACAAGUUACUAUGUAUCAGCAUCUGAUAAACACAUUUUAUUAAGAGCUUUUAACUCCAAGUUUGAUAAUACUAAUCAUAUAAUAUAAUUGAAAAUAG